AUGUAUUAAACAAGUUAACUAAUUAACCGUCGACCAAAUAUGAGAUAAUUAACUGGUAGAGCAAGAGACAUCUAAGAUGAUGAUGAUGAUGAUCCUGGUAUUUCAAGUUUUGCAAGAAGUAAAGUCGAUGAUGAUGAUGAAAAAUUCAAAAAUCAAAACAGUGAUCCAGAUUUUCUUGAUGGUCUUUUAAGAAAGAAGAGUAGAAAUGAUUCAAAAGUAGAUAAAGUAUAUAUAAAACGUAAUAUUUAAGUCGAACAAUAGUUCAAUAAUACCAAGUACACCUCCUCCUUAAAGUACAAGUAAAAAAAGUGACUAAGAGAUAUCAAAUACUGAUCCUAAGAAAGGAUAAGCAUAAACAUAAAAUAAUACAGGAAAUAAGGAUACACCAUAAUAAUAAUAAUAAUAAAAGUAAUAAUAAUAAUAAUAAACUCCUGCAAAACCUAAUAUAACUCAACCAUUUUAAACUCCAGAUCCUAAAUAAUAAUAAAAUUAAUAGAAGACUCCUGUAUAAUAGUAAUCCUAAACAAAAACACCUUAGCCACAAUAAUAACCAUAAUAAUCAUAAACACCAUAAUAAACUAAAACUCCCUAAUAAACAAAAACUCCAUAGUAAUAACCAUCAUAAUCAUAAACUCCAAUUACAAAUAAAACAUAAUAAAACUAAAAAUAAACUCCUGCUCCUCCAUCAAAAGAGAUUGUUGAUCCUACAAAAUCAAUUUCAAAUAAAUAAUCAGCCAAAAAGGAUGAAUAAAAGAAUUAAUAACCUCCUCCAAUAAGUAAAUUUGAACAACCUGCUAAAGUUGAAUAACCAACUUAAAUUGAAUAACCUUCUAAGAAUGAUUAAUCUUAAAAGAAAAAUUAAUAGAACUAAUAAUAGCCUUAAUAAAAUAGAAUUGAUUAAGAUGAUUAAUAAAAUUAAUAACCACCAUAAAUAUCUGAGAAUAGACCUAAUUUUGUUAGAAGAGGAAAGAAUACAUAAGCAGUUAAAGAUGUUGUUAAAAAUAUUAAAAUAAUGCCUGAAGAUAGAAUCACAGCUUUGGAACCUAAAAAUAAUAUUGAAGUAAGUAAGAAAUUAUCAUUGAAAUUUGCACCCUAAAAAGAGUUUACAGAUCCAACAUUUCCUCCUAAUGAUUUAUAGGUAUUUUAAGUUUUUGGACAUGGUUAAGUUGAUUUUAAAAGAUUUAAUCUCGGAAGAGAUUAAGAUACUCAUUAAGUAGUAGAUCCAAAUGAUAUAGUCCCUGGAUAAUUAUCAGGAACUCUUAUGUAAGUAUUAGCAGCAAUUGCAGAAUAACCAUAAUUAAUUACUAGAAUUAUGGAAGAUUAAAUUAUUAAUGAAUUUGGAUUUUAUUAUGCUCGUUUAUGUAUUGGAGGAGUAUGGAAAUAUAUAUUAGUCGAUGAUUUACUUGGUUAUUUUAAGGGAUAACCUGUUGGAGCAACAACCACUAUUGAUAAUAAUAAAUUAAAGUAUUUUUAUUUAUAUUCAAUAUUUUAGAUCAUUAUAAAAAUCUAAUCCAGGUUAUCCAUCAGAAAUAUGGCCAUUUAUUAUUGAAAAAGCAUUUGCUAAAGAAUAUGGAAGUUAUGAAGAUGCAUUCAAAAAUUCUAAUGUUGCUGAUUUUCUUUAAGAAACUACAGGAGCACCUACUUCUGUUGAAUAAAUCAAUGAAAAUCUAUUAUAAUCUUUAACUUAAAAUGAUAUUGCUUUAAUUCAUUUACCAGAUGGAAUUUUCACUUUUUUAAAUUAAGAUGGUAAAGAUAUUACAUUACGUAACCCAUGGGGUUGGAAUCAAAAUCUACCUAAUAAUUCUUAAUCUGAAGGCGAAUUCAAAGUUCCUAUCAAAAAUAUCAUUGGUUAAUAAAUUACUAUUGCUAAAUAUGUUCCUAAUAAUUAUCAUAUCAGUUAUAAUUUAAAAGCAAAUAAUGAUGCUUAUUCAUCUUUUCAUGUAGAUGUACAUUAAGAUACUGUUGCUACAUUUAGAUUACAUUAAAGAGAUGAAAGAUAUUUUAGAAAUAAUAUUUCAAAAAAAUAUGAUUAUUGUAAUGCUAGAUUAUUAGUUUUUGAUCCACAAUAAAAAUUGAUUGCUUAGGAUUAUGGAAAAUUUAAAACUUUGCUUGUUAAUGUUGAUUUAUAAAAAGGUAAAUAUACUAUUGUAAUCCUAUUGGAUUUCUUAAAUGAAUAAUUAUAUGAUAGCACAUUAACAUACUAUGGAAGUCAAUCUGUUGAAAUUAACAGAAUUAAUUAUAGAUCACAACCAAAUUUAUUAGCUUAAUUAUAUACACAAGAAGCAAUCACUAAAGGAUAAAAAAAGUCAAAUGGAUAAGUUGAUGAAUAUACUUACGUUUCUGAUAAUUAAUUAACUAUCAUUGCUUGGAAAUAUAAUGGAAAUCAACCUAAUAAAUGGAACAAAGAUUUAAGCAAAUAGGCAAAUAAAAAUAAUCUGAAACCUAUUACAUUUAUUAAUUUAGCAGACACUUAAUAAUUAAAAGUACUCACAACUGAGUAGAUUAGACAGUUGAAAUUGAGUAGCUGGUAGAAUGCUUAAUCAUUUAAUAUUGAAUUCACUUAAUAAAACAACACUUAUGCAGUUGUAUUCAAGUGAUUAAUUAUUAGAAUAUAUAAAAUAUUAAUAUAAUGAAUCAAUAAUAAUUGGACAAUAAUACAAAUCCAAGAUUGGAUUCCUUCCUUAAAACUUGGUGGUAAUCACAUCUUUUUGGAACCAAAGUUAUCUUAAUCAUUUCAACAAUAUUCGGAUUUAUUGAUAUAUUUACACUUUUUGCUUUUAAAAUCUUCAGUAGUUCACCAGAAACAACAAUACCUUAUUAAUUCUAAAGAUUAAUAUUUGCACAAUUUGUACAUAGUAUCAAUUUAAAUUUAUUUUAUUCUUUAGAAUAUAGCAUUGAUUUGAUUUUAGCUAUCGUAUGCAUCUAUAAUAAAUUCAAAGAUUUUGAAAUCAAAUUAGGCACUGUUGCUUUCAUUAUCACAAUAAUUAUUCUAAGUUUUAUUUCUUAAGUAAAAUACAAUCAUUAUAUCAUUGUAGUUACUCUGCCUUAUUUUAUAAUAUAUCUUUUCAUAUAUUUAUCCUCCUUUCUACUAAAAUCCAGCUUAUAGUUUAUGGAAUUACUACAUAUUCUUAAUUAUUCAAGAGUAUUACCUAUACUAUCAUUUCAAGAUGCCUUAUGCAUCCAAAUCUAUAAAGUCAAUUCCUGAUUAUUCCUAUGUAACUAAAAAAUAAAUAUUACCUGAUUAUACUUGUUACUAUCUUUACUUUAAUCCAACAAUCUUUGACAUUUAUUAGCUCAUUAUUAAUUGGAAUCCUAUAUUAUUUGUAUUUAGAUAUGUAUUCUUUCUCAACGACUGUAAAAAUCAUUGAUUUAUUAAGACUAUUGAAAAGUUAGAAAAAGGAAUAAUAUUUAAAUAUUUUGUAAAUCGAAUAGAUUUUAGAAGAGUCACAAAUUACUAAAAUUAAUUAGAGCCUACAAUUGAUUCCAAAGAAUUACCAAUUGUUGAGACACCUCCUGCAAAGUUUGUCAAUUUAUUUAUAUUUUAGAUUGACAGCUGAAGGAUGUUGUCCAUUUCCACCAUCUCUUGUAUUCUAAGAAUUAUAAUAGUAAUUGAAUAAUAAAGAUUUUUAAAAACAUGAAAAUGCUAUAGAUUUAGAAGAAUAAAUUAAAAGAGAUUUAAAAAUAGAAUAAUAAGAUCAAUGA